CUCCCCUGCCUACUUUUAAUAGCUUUGUCAUGUGAUGGAAAGCAGUUGUAAGACAGGUGCCCUCGGUUCAUUGUCAGUGAGGGGCGCGAGGGAACGAGUGGAUUUUCUCUUUUGUCCGUGAUUUAUUUUUUAUUUUUUCGUACCGUCAUUCAGGGGCUGGAUGGCGUGGGACAGGUGUAAUCAGGACUCGGUGUGGAGAGAACUAGAGUGUGCUGCCUUGGUUGGUGAAGACCAGCCCCUUUGCCCUGACCUGCCUGAGCUUGACCUCUCUGAGCUGGAUGUCAGUGACCUCGAUGCAGAUAGCUUUCUGGGAGGACUCAAGUGGUACAGCGACCAAUCAGAAAUCAUUUCCAGUCAGUAUGGCAAUGAAGCAUCAAACCUGUUUGAGAAGAUAGAUGAGGAAAAUGAGGCCAACUUGCUGGCAGUGCUCACAGAAACCCUGGACAGUAUCCCAGUGGACGAAGACGGUUUGCCUUCGUUCGAGGCCCUGGCAGAUGGGGACGUGACCAAUGCCAGUGAUCAGAGCUGUCCUUCCACCCCCGAUGGCUCGCCACGGACCCCAGAGCCAGAGGAGCCUUCCCUGCUGAAGAAGCUCCUCCUGGCGCCUGCUAACUCCCAGCUCAGCUAUAAUCAAUACCCAGGUGGCAAGGCACAGAACCAUGCAGCCAGCAACCAACGGAUCAGACCAACACCUGCUGUUGCCAAGGUAGCUGCUCGCUGCACUUCUUGCAUCAAAGGCCUGACAGAAAACCCUUGGAACAGCAAACCACGAGGGGUCUGUCCCAACCGGUCCAUGAGACGCCCUUGCACUGAGCUGCUCAAGUACCUCACCUCUAGUGACGAGGCCUUCCAGACCAAAGCCAGGGAAGCCAAGAGCACCUGGACAGGUUGCGUCAAGGACAGGGGAGGGGCUUGCACCUCUUCCUGCUCAUCUUCUUCCUCUCCAUCGUCCUCGUCCACCUCCUCUUUCUCGUCCCUGUCGUCCUGCUCCUCUUCCACCGCCUCCAAAAAGAAGACAUCCUCUGCCUCCCCAUCAUCACAGCAGCAGCAGCAGCAGCAGCAGCAGCAGCAGCUGGCAUUGCAGGCCCAGCGAGGUGAGAGCCAGGCAGCCGGCACGUGUAGUGUGGCUGGUGAGGGGGCGGGAAAGUGGCGGCGGUGUACUCAAGGGGAGCAAUCCGCUCCCGUUGUGCUGUCCCGUGGAGGCGGCUGUGGCCAUGCUUGCUCCGGCGAAGAGGGGAGGCUGCCAGGCCUGCAGCCAGCUGUUGACCCAGGCAGCCUGGCCGCUGCCCGCUUUAUUAGGUACAUGCACUCUUACUCUCUCCCGCCUAGAGAGACGGGUCAUGCAGGCAGCUGUGGUCAUUGCCUUGAGGCAGGCGGCUUGGCUGAGGCUGGCCGUGCUAAUAGGCACAUCACAGUGACCAUUAGGAAAAGGAGGCAAGAGCUAGAGCACCCCAUGCUCAGUCAGCUGCUUACCUCCAGGCCCAGACCGGCCCGUUACCGGGCUCACCUGCAAUUGCCCAGUGUCCCCCAGAAUAAAAGGCGAGACCUACCUUACUUGGCUCCUAAAGACCAAGAGAGCCACGGACACUUAGAGCAAGCUAGUCAUGAGCACCCUAGAAAAACACCUAGCUUACACAAACAAACAAUUAGUGUUGCCGACACUAUUGAGUGCUCAACAGAUCUUAAAUUAGACCUAGAGAGCUGGUUAAGCGUGCCAGAACAGGUGACAGGAGACAGCUUGCAUGAUCUGGUGGGCCAAGCCGGGGAGGAUGUUUUUGAAUAUGUCAUAGGCAGCCCCAUGUCAUUCUCACAGGGCCUGCCAAGCCCAUUGUUCCCAGACUCUUUAGUUCCAGAGCACACGCCCUCCGACUCACAAAAACAGGCACUCUGCAGGCACCUUGAUGACCAAGUCCCACCAAUGUUAGCCAAACCAACCAUCUUGCCACUUCCUUUGACCCCAGAGUCUCCAAAUGACCACAAGGGAUCUCCGUUUGAGAACAAAACCAUUGAACGCACAUUGAGUGUGGAGAUCUGUGGAACCCCAGGUCUGACACCACCUACCACGCCUCCUCACAAAGCCAGUCAAGAGAACCCUUUCAAAGUAUCACUCAAAAACAAGCUUUCUUCAUGCUCUCCCUCUGCCCUGACAAGCAAAAGGCCCAGGCUGAGCAAUGGGGGCUCUUGCCCUCAGCCAACCAGCGGUUCUAUUCGGAAGGGCCCAGAGCAGACUGAGCUCUAUGCCCAGCUGAGCAAGGCAUCCUCCACAAUGCCCCUAGGGGGCUUAGAGGAGCGUCGGGGCAAGCGGCCCAUGCCCCGCGUCUUUGGCGAUCACGACUAUUGUCAGUAUACAAGCACAAAACGAGACAGCACCACCACAGCUACAGCGGUAACUGGGCCAACGGAGGGCCGGCAUGUGGAAUGUAAAGACUCGAACAUGCCGACCUCCUCUACUUCUACAUCAUCAUUGUCUUCCGCCUCCCUUUUGUCUUCCUCUCUGGCCAGGCAGCUUCAGGGCCUUACCCCCACAGCUCAGGAGGCUUGUCCGGACACGGAUGCUCACGGACAGGACCAUAUGUCGACUUCGGACUCCAAAACGCCAGUGGAUUGCAGUUCUGCUGGCAGGAAACUACUUAGGGACCAGGAGAUCCGGGAAGAGCUCAACAAGCACUUUGGAAAGCCUCAGCAAGCCUUCUAUAGUGGGGUAGUGGGAGAGCAGAGGGGCAACCGGCCACGAGAGGACAGUGACUCUGGGGAUGAGUACCCCGGUCUUUUCGGUGACUACAUGCACCCAGGUCUGCCUGACUUUGAGGACCUGGAGGUAGGCCGGGAGCGCCUGCUCUACUUGGGGGAAGGUUCUCCACUCGAGCUACUCCUCGAAGGGUCGCCCUCCAGCUCCCCUUCAAGCAGUUCAUUCUCAUGGAGCUCUGUCUCACCUCCUUCCACUCAGCUCUCCCCACAGCUCCGCUGGCCACGCUCCAUCUCCCGCUCCCGUUCCUCAUCUCACUACAGAUGCAGAUCCCUCUCCAGGUCUCCAUACUCCCGCUCCGAGUCUCCCGACAGCCGUUCUCCCUCUCGGUCUCCUCGCAAUAUGGACGAUAGCACUUUUAUUCCCAGGAUUUAUAGAAGCCCUCGGCCCCAGUCUCAUUCUAUUUUUGGUCGGAGACCCAGGUAUGACAGCUACGAGGAAUACCAGCAUGAGCGUCUGAAGCAGGAAGAGUUCCGACGCGACUAUGAGAAACGGGAAUGUGAGAGGGCCGAGCAGAGGGAGAGACAACGGCAAAAAGCAAUAGAGGAGAGGCGAGUGGUGUAUGUGGGACGUCUCCGUGCCGACAGCACACGCACGGAGCUCAAACGCCGCUUUGAAGUCUUCGGCGAGAUUGAGGAGUGCACAGUCAACUUGAGACAUGACGGAGACAACUUUGGCUUCAUCACCUACCGCUACACUUGUGAUGCGCUCGCUGCCCUUGAGAAUGGACACACCUUGCGCAGGUUGAACGAGCCUCACUUUGAGCUCUGCCUUGGUGGACAAAAGCAGUACAGUAAAUCGAAUUACACAGACUUAGAUUCCCAUUCUGACGACUUUGAUCCAGCCUCCACUAAAAGCAAGUACGACUCCAUGGAUUUUGACAGCUUGUUGCGAGAGGCCCAGUAUAGCCUGAGAAGGUAAUGAGCACCACUGCACCGGCUGGCUGCAAAGAGAGGGAUUUGCAAUACCUCACUGUUGUUUCUGUUCUUUAAAUACAAGACUACAGACAUUUUACACUUUAUAUAAGUGGAAAGAGUAUAUGUGGAUGAUAAAGUUCUACGUAUAUGAAGGGAUAUAUGUGUAUAUCUGCAAGCAAAGUUUACAUGAACCUAGCUGCUGCAAAAAGCCGAGGAGAGACAUUACCUGUGGGGAUAACCAGUGAAGUAGCGCACACUACUUUAGUGGACUACACAGAUCCGUGCGCUGCGUGAGGCUCUGAAAGAGACACGAAUCUUCAUCAGAGUUCGCUCCACACACCGCAUCGCCCUCGGCACUUUGAGAGGGGAAAAGUGCAGCUCGUUCAGUCUGUUUUUAUUGUUUGGAGUUUAUUUUUGUGGGCUUUUUCUGUUCCUUUUUUAAUCUGGUGUUUGGAUGUGGUGUUACAUUAACGAGAAGGGUUUGGGGAAAUCUCUUGGAUGUUCAAGGUAACAUUGUCGCCUAUUUACAAAAGGAAUAUUUUUAUUUGAUGUGCAUAUCAGCGUUCUUUGUUUGUUACAGCUAUGCACUGUAAAAUGCAGCCUUUUUAAGACGAAAUUUUCUUAAUCGAGAAUGUUGAUCUGUAGUCAUUACGAUGAUGUAUAACCUACAUGGCGUUUAGAUGACGUGUUUUGAUUGUAAAAAUAUGUAUGGAGAUUUAUUGCUCUUUUUGGGGGAGCAUGCAACAAAUUUUUGUCUCUGUUUUUCUUUUGGUUUUUCUCUUUUUGCUUUUAUUUUAUUAUUAUUUUUUUCCUUUUAAUUGAAAAACUCCAUGUGCAGUUUUAUCCGAUUUUGAAGUUAAUAACUCAGUGUUUUGCGUAUAUACAUGCAGUGUAAGAUAGAUUUUCAAGAGUUUAUGUUCACUACUGUGUAAAAAAAAAAAAAAGAUAAACCCCAAGAUAUUUUUUUAUCCUUUAAUGUCUGAAGGAAUCAAGAACUUUUAUUAAUUUCUCUGUGCACACUAAUCAUUGUUAUUGUUCCUGUUUGAUAACACACUUUCACAGAGAUGAUUACUCUUCUAACACAGAAUUACUCAUGCUUAUUUAUGUAUUUAUCUCAGUAUUCUAAUCAAAAUAUUUAUGGCAGCCAUCUCACGUGAUGCGCCUUACAAAUUUUGCUAUUUAUAUUAUUUGUUAUUCAACAAUCACUGGAAAGGAUGUAAAUUUACAAGUUCUAAAGAAAUAUCGUUUUUAUAUGCCUUCAGAGAUGGAACAAAAAAUAUAUUCUAGGCUCAUGAUGAACUUUGCUGCUCCAAACUCAAGUGAUUUAUUUGUUUUUCUAGCUCUAAAACACUUUCAUCCACCUUUUUCAUCUCUUUUUUUAUUACAUGAAGCAAUAAAAUAAUUUUGCAGGUAUUUUGUUGUACCACAGAAAAUCUGUUUUUGCUCCACACUUUUGAUUAUGUGAAUGCCAAACUGAAGUUUACAAUUUUCUUUCCUGAAUUUUUUAAAAAGAAGAAAAAAAAAAAAAAAAGAUGUAUUUGAUGUAAAAAAAAAUAAUAAUAUAUAUGAUGAUACUAAUCUUGUCAUUACUCACAAUAACUCGAAAUAAUGAAAAGUAAUAAUGGAAUAUGAAAAUGUGAAUAAAAAAAAAUAAAAAAGCAAUAAAUUAUUUUUCAAAGCUGUAUUUUAGCUCAUGUUGUUGUAUGGUUUGAGACGUGACAAUUACCCAGACUCUGUUCAAAAACGGGGGAUCCGUUCCAGUGCCUCAACACAGAUCGCAUGACCAUCGUUGGAAAGAGAUGUUGGUUGUGAAUGCAGCUUGUGUGUGUGUGUGUGUGUGUGUGUGUGCGUGUGAGCGAAUUUAAAAAUUCAAUACAAGCAAUGACUAAUAGGAUUGAAAAGCCAAAAAUUGCAUCUAUGAGAUCGAGUCGCUUUCCAAAGCAAGAGCUAUUUUUGUCUUUGCUGUGGUUUGAAGGCACCUGAGAGGAACUGCUAAUAAUUCGAAUCACUAAAACACUACAGGCACUUGUCAUGGACACUUAAAAGGAUAGUUCACCCAAAAAUGAAAAUGAUCACAUGAUUUACUCACCUUCAAGCCAUCCUAGGUGUUAUAUGACUAUCUUCUUUCAGACGCACAUUUUGAAGCCCAAAAUAAAUGCAUCCAUCCAUCAUAAAUAUAAUCCAUACAACUUCAGCGGGUUAAUAAAGGCUUUCUGAAGCGAAGCGAUGGGUUUUUGUAAGAAAAUAUCCAUAUUUAAAACUAACUAGCUUCCGCCAAAUGACCGUACGCAUACUGCGCAAAUGAGUAACCCAUGACCCGCCGUAUGAUGCAGGGUGUAGGAGUAUCGUAAGCUUAGAUGCCUCUCGCGGUUCAAACAAAUAUGGCUGGGCAACAAACUCAAGCUCCACUUCUCUGAAAAUCGAAAUCCUCCAACAUUUCGCUUUAAAAAUGUUAUCAUUUUAGACUUCUAAUUCGUGACCGGUGUUUUGCUUUGCUCUAUCCUCUGUGCUUCCGCGUUCGUCGUUACGUCAUGCGUCGAGGUCAGUGUUUACUCUUCCGCCGCAAAUCAAUGCUUACGCCUGUAAGUGUUUAAAUAUGGAUAUUUUUCUUACAAAAACCCAUCACUUCGUUUAAGAAGGCCUUUAUUAACCUCCUGGAUGAAUGCAUUUUUUGAGGGGGCUUCAAAACAUGCCCCCCGUUCACUACCAUCAUAAAGCUUGGAAGAGCCAGGAUAUCUUUAAAUAUAUCUCCGAUUAUGUUCGUCUGAAAGAAGAUAGUCAUAUACACCUAGGAUGGCUUGAGGGUGAGUAAAACAUGGGAUCAUUUUCAUUUUUAGGUGAACUAUCUUUUUAAGGUAAUCUUUUUAUGUCAGUUAACAGCAGGUUUUGUUGUAGCCCAUUUUAAAAGAUUCACAACCAUUACUGUCAAUGUAAAUGUCUGGUUUCAGAAAUGUUUUGUACAUUAUUUUCUGCACAGAGCUUGGGUAUGGAGUCAUGUCACGUUCGAUAUGUGUGGCUUUAAUAAUGCAACAUGUAUGUUGCAAAUCUGCUUUGUAAAUUGCUGUAGCAAUAUGUUACAACACCUGAUGGGGUGUAUCUUUUGGAGUGGCAGACUUUUUACCAUAGUAAAAACUACUACUGAAGGAUUUGCCACUGCUUUGGACGAUUUUUUUUUUUUUUUUUUGUGUUUCCAUAAAGAAGCAGAUAUAUCUAAAUGAGGCUGUGUGUGAUUUUGUGUGUGGAUUUGAUAGAGUGUGUGUGUAUUUCGGGUCAAGGGGACUGUGUUUGGCUGUGUUAUCUUCUAUUUGUCUCCUAUCCAUGUUGCCUUCUGCUGAGUCCUAACCAAUGCCUUUGUAGUUGUACGUAUUGUACAAUCUUUGUUGUGAAUUUUCUUUUUUAUGUGUAGUUUUCAUCAGCCUCACCAUGCCAAUAAAGGGAAUUGUGUCUAA